GGGGGGACUGUGGUCAGAGCCUGCCCUGGCUGGCAGCUCCUAUCCCCGCACCUGGGCCAGGGUGUCAGCAGCGUGCCGGGCAGGAGGAGGGGCCGCCCGCCAGGUGUUAGUAAGCAAUGGGAGCACAUUGUGGAAGACGCGUGUAAUUAGGGAGCUGUAUACUAGCAGUCAGUAGAACAUGCUGCUGUAGCUGCCAUUCAUCGUCCAACACGCUUAACUUAAAUAUUCCGAUUUCUUGUUACACUCGGCGCCAUUAUUUCUGUGUAAGGCACCAGGGAACUCUGCAGCACCGCGGCUCUACAUAAUAAAAUCUGUGAUAUCCAGAGUGUAUCGUACCCCAGUAUCGCUUCAUAGAGCACAACUCGUUCGGAUACUUGCUGCCUAAAGUGUGGUGUGGAGGAGGCUGACUACUGGCACCUAUUAUGUUCCUGCUCAAAGGAAAUUCAGUCUUUGAUCUCCCUCUAUUGUGGCAGUUGCACUAACAUUCAAGAUAACCAUGUAAAGUCCCCCUUCUGUGUGCUUAGCAUCCCAUGCGAGCAAGUGGCAAGAAAAAUAAUGAAGCGUACCGUGUGUGCAAAAUCCCUGUUUGAGUUGUGGGGUCAUGGAAGAAGUCUGACAGACCUGCAGCAAUCCAUUCAGGACUACCCGUUGGAUAAGAUGGACCCUUAUCUUCAGCCUAACUCCACAUACAAAAUAAAUAUUCAUAGCUUCAAUAAAGCCUUGACACAGACAGAAAAGCUUGUAAAGAUUGAUGCAAUGGAGUUCCUGCCAUUUAAAGGGAGAGUGAGUUUACAGAAUGCUGAGCAUAUAUUCUAUGUACUAGAGGAUUAUGGUCCAGAUCCAAAUAGUGCACCUAAAGAACCUCUACAGAUCUACUUUGGCCGGUGGAUUGCUGAUGGACAGAGGGAGCUGAUUGAUUCCUAUAGCGUAAAAAAGAGACACUUUAUUGGGAACACUAGCAUGGAUGCUGGACUGUCCUUCAUCAUGGCAAACCAUGCAAGAGUUAAACCCAAUGAUGUGGUGUUUGAUCCUUUUGUUGGCACUGGUGGCCUUUUGGUACCUUGUGCACACUUUGGGGCUUAUGUGUGCGGCACUGAGAUUGAUUACAACACAGUCCAUGGUCGGGGUAAAGCAACCAGGAUGAACCAGAAGUGGAGAGGGCCUGAUGAGAAUAUUCGGGCCAAUCUGCGUCAGUACGGAUUGGAGAAACACUACCUCGAUGUCCUGGUGUCUGAUGCCUCAAAACCAAUCUGGAGAAAAGCACCACUAUUUGAUGCAAUUAUAACAGACCCCCCUUAUGGCAUCCGAGAGUCAACUAGAAAGACCGGCACACAGAAAGAAAUCAUGAAGACGGACCAGUUUCCAGAGAGUCACGUUCCUGUCCAGCUAACAUAUCAUUUAAGUGAUAUCUUCUUAGAUCUUUUGAAUUUUGCAGCAGUGUUCCUGGUUGUAGGAGGGAGGCUUGUCUACUGGUUACCUGUGUACAGGCCAGAAUACUCAGAGGAGGUUGUACCUCGGCACCCAUGCCUGAAACUUAUUAGCAACUGUGAACAGAUGCUUUCCAGCCACACGUCUCGCCGCCUGAUAACAAUGGAAAAGGUGAAGGAGUUUGAGGACAAGGACCGAUAUGCUCAUCUUGAGGAAGGACAGUAUUCACCAUACCAAGGUCACAACUGUUUUCGUGAGAAGUAUUUUAGUGGCCUAACAAAGAGAAUCGCCAGAGAAGAGAGAGCCAGAGCCGGGGAGGAUAACUCUAAAGACUAGGCAGCCCGGAGAGGUGCAGUGUGAUGUCUGGUACCACCAAGCCAUGCGUAAUAAAUGCAAUGCAUCUCCCUGAUGAACUAUAAAGAACUUUGCACGCCAUCAACACGUGCAAUGUAAUAAGGAACGCAAUCCUAUGUCAGAAAUGUAAUAAGCAGCUCUCUUGAUGCUUUCCAAAUAUCUUUAUGGUCAUGUUGCAAUCAGGUGAGUAUUGCUUAACAGGUCUCAAACUCUUAAAAGAGACAGUCAAGUUAUAAAUGUAUUUCCAUGCCGUGUUAAAUAAUUGACAGGUGUGUCAGGCCCACACACAGAAACACAUGCUCAGUUCUCAUUGUACAGAUGAUUAGCUGACAUGCAAAGGGACCAUUUUUAGUAAAGUUACUUUGACCAUUAUUAGGAGGAGGAACUGGGCUCUCUGUAAUUACGCGCAGUCAUGCUGGCUGCAGAAGAAGUGAAAGAAAAUGACUGAUAUGGCUUUAAACAAGAUUUCUCAUUGGUGUUUUUGAAAGGACUUCUAACCGGCGUUCGACCCUGUGGGCGCACCUUCCAAUCACAGACUUUAUGAAAGAGUUAAACUAACAGCAAGAACAGUUUCAUAUUCGUUUGGAGGGCUACAAGGGUUCUGGUUUACAUUCUCCUUUUUUAUUGUAUAUAAACCGGUGCUCUGUAUUUAUGGACUUUUUAAUGGGAAUUAGCACUGCUAAGUGGCCACAGAACUGCGGCUCACUGGCUGCUGCAUCUGUCUUUCACAGAAGGAAGUUGUACUGUUUGCUUUUCAGUCUCCAACCUCGGGAAUUUGUUCUUAACAUGUAAGGGUGAUGAAGUGUCCCUCAUUAGGAAGAUUGCUUUCAUUUGUUAUUGUUUGUAAUUGAUACACAUUAAACACACACACAGUCUUGCUUUGUCUUCUUACAGCAGUGUAUCAUGCAAAAGCCCUUUGUGGUUUGUUAUUGGUCUAACCCUGGCCAGUUAUGCUAAGCCCAAAGGACCUGACUGGUUUGGAAGGCUCUGGCGUUCUGUUGAGCCUGUCCACAUCUGAAGCUCAUCUGUUGCUUUUCAUUUGUUUUACAUUCCUAAAAUCCUCUCUCUCUCUCUUAAGACAAGAAGUGGGCUGUUUUUUUUCCUCUCUUUCUUUUAUUACUCGCCACUAAAAAGAUUUGUCUGUGUGGAGCCAUAACAAAUAGGUGUGUGACUAUAUUUGCGUCUGCACUGAAGUGCUUUCUUUGAAACUGAAGCUUUGUUUAGACUUUUGCGUUUAUUUUUAUGCAGGAGUAGCGCUUUGCUGUGUUCUGCUUUUCACACUUGGGUGGCUAACCGUAAAGAUGAAUCACUAAUAGGUGGUUGAGUGGUCAGCAAGAUAUAGUUUCCUUGUAUGCUAACCUAGCACACUGUUAGUAAAGAGGGCCUGCAGUGUGUGACUACAGUGAACUAAUGACUCCACUAUCAGUUAAACUAUAUAGUUAUAACUAUAUCAGUCAUAUAUAGCAUGCAUGCUGAAAAAUAGAAGACAAGAAGCAAUACAUCAAAUCAGCCUUUCUGGGUCAGAAUGGAUGGACUGUACAAUUGACGAGUAUCCUGCGCCUAUAACAAUGUAUGUUCUUAAGUACAAAAAUAAAAUAAAAAUAAGCAAACAUAA